UGUGUGAUUAGGCAUGGAGUGAAAUAUCUUUUGUAACGUUCAUCGCAAUUGACAAUUAUCUUCGUUAAUCUGUAAUCAUUUUUACGUUCCAAUAAAUUGAAAGAUUAUUAUGAGUGCGUAAGACUUGCUCAUUAUUAUACUGUUUGAACAGAUUUUCGGCCUAUUACAUUGAACUAUUUAUUCAAUAUAACAAAAUUAUUCAGUGAUCACACAUCUAGAUUGAACAAGAAUGGUGUGUUACAUAAUGUGACAAUAGAUAUCCCAGAAAAUGUGGAUAAUUACAAACAAAUUUGCAAGCCUGCAAGGUGUAGUAGUGGUAUACAUCUUGUUCACAAAAAGGUGAUUGUCGAUUGUAUUUGCUCAUUUCCUCAUGUAUUGAAACUAUGGAGGUAAUGAAUAUUGAAGAUACUAGUGAGUCGCACGCUUUACUUUCAAUGAAGCACUGUGACAGUCCUCUACUAAUCUCAUGCAAUUGGCAAAUUAAUAACAAUAAGCAAUUUAUUGAUGCUGUUACUAUAGCACCAAUGCAACAUGCACCUGUAAGAAUAAACUGUGAAGAUGUAGCUUCUCUGGACACUUGUAUCGCCUUGCAGCCAGUGAAUUCUAGUGUGGAUUCCAAUACAGAACCAUGUAUGCUGGAUAUCAAGGUGACGAAUUGUCAAAGGAUAGCACGCAUUGCCAUUGUUUCCGAAGGAAAUGUCUUAGAAAUCUUCAAGCAAUUUGGAGAAUAUGAAACAACGAUACUUGCAGAAUUCGUAGAUGAAUAUGAGGACAAUAUAGUUUUUCUUGGUGAAACGAUGAUACGCCCUCCUACCACAGAAAUUAGCAUUAAGUUUAUUAGAACGAAAAAUAAGAGCCCUCCUAUGUGGGUGUAUGGUAUAAGACUGUUUUUGACAGAUUCUACAAAAGAGGCAAAAUCUAGUGCCUUUGAUUAUGAUAUUAUUCAAACUUUUCUCAGUAAUGCCAGCAAUGACAAAACGAGUCAAGGAUUCAAAAUGGCGAAGAAAGUAUUUGAAUUUUAUGAUAGACAAGAAAUCAUGAAUAAAGAGAAAAUUUUUCAAACACUUGCUUCGGGUUCAAAAGAUGAAAGAUGUAUAAAUGAGAUGAAAAGAAGCAAUAAUGAGGAGGAAUUUCCAAAUUGCAGAGAUAAACAGUCAAACGCUUCUGAAUGCAAAAAUAAUGAAAUGGAAUAUCCAACUCGUGAAGGGAAUUAUAAAACGUCGGAUACGGAGAAAGAUAUUACAAGCUACGAUAAUAAGACAAGAUCGAGAAAAGAGGCAAAAUCUAGUGCCUUCAAUUAUAAAGACUUUAUGCAGACUUUUCUUAGUAAUUCUAGUAACGACAAGAUGAGUCAACAAUUUGAAGUGAUGGAAUUAUUUGGAUUUUACAAUAAACAAGAAUUGAAUAACGAACAGUUUCAUCAGAAAAUUUUAGAAACCGUUGCUUUGAACUCGAAUAGUUUCAAACAUAAAAAUGAAAUUGAUAACGGAAAAGAAUGUUUAAGUCAUAGAGAUGAUUACAAAAAAUCGGAUUCUCUUAAAAAUAAAAACUUAAGGAGCAACAGUGACAAAGACUGCACAGACUGUGAAGACCAGAAAAAAUCCGAUAUAGAUAUCAAAAUUUAUAUCGAUAAUAAAUUCCAUGAUAUAGAAAAAAGAUUGAUGGAGCGAAUAGACAAGAUGGAAGCCAAUACCAAUCAGAAGCUGAAUACUAUUUUGGAAAAACUUGAAUCGCAACUGAGUUUAUAGUAAAUGUUUUCAUUAGUUUAAUUUAGUAAAUUGUUAUUAAUUUUAUAUAGAAUAAAACAAAAGAUCUAAUUUAUCGAAUUAUUAAGUUAUUAAUAUAACAUAAAAAUGAAGAAAAUGAAUUUAUCAUGAAUGUACAUCAUGUUAGCUAGUUGAAAGAUCUAACCUACUUUAAAUAUAUAGUUUCUUUUAUCUUCU